CACACAUACACACACACACACACACAGCAAAACACCACUCAAACAUGUAAAGUCAGCUCUACCAGUGUUUACAAACCCUGACUUGCCCACUUGUGCUGUACUUUCCUUCCCUUGUUCUUAUUUCUUUACUCUCUCAUUUCCUUACACCGUCCAUCUGUACGUCUUUAAUCUGAAAUGUGGGAUUAAAAAGGGUCAUUUUCUUUGUCUAAUACUCACUCUGCCCACCCCCUUAUUCUCAUCAUCCAGUUUGUAAUAGUCAUUUGCACGGGGCAGCAAUCUGUGUUAAGAGGGCCGGCGUGAAUGAGCGGGUGCAGGAAGAGUCAUGGAAAGGGUGUGAAAUGAGAGAUUGUUAAGAAGUGCAUAAAUGCAGGUUGUGUUAAGGCUGUUAAUGCUUGCUUGACACGAAUUGGAGAGUUUUUCAGAAGUGAGUGAAAUCAACGUAGAGACUUACUCGCGUCAUUAUCUCAGUCGGACUUAGCGUGCCCAGGACAGUCGAUGCAAUGAGAUAAGAUGAGAGGAGAGUAAUUAAUUAAACUGAGAAGGUGGAACGAGGACUUUUUGUAGCGUGUACAAUGUGAACAUUGCACCCAUUGUGUAAAGUCGUUACACAGAAAGAAAAGAAGAGGAAGAAAGAAAGUAAAAAGAGAGAAAGGGAUAACGCAGGAAAGAUUAUCGGAUCUCUGAGGACUAAUGGGAAACUGCACCAGUCCAGUGAAACACAAAAUAAAAAAGGACAGGGAUCUCCAUCCGGAGGAGAUAGAAGAGCUGCGGGAGGCUUUUAAAGAGUUUGAUAGGAACAAAGGCUACAUCAACUGUAGGGACCUUGGCGAGUGCAUGAGGACUAUGGGAUACAUGCCGACGGAGAUGGAGCUCAUCGAGUUGAGUCAGCAAAUCGGUGGGGGCAAAAUCGACUUUGAAGAGUUUGUGGAACUGAUGGGGCCUAAAAUGCUCGCAGAGACAGCCGACAUGAUUGGAAUCAAAGAAUUAAAAAAUGCCUUCAAAGAGUUUGACUCCAACGGCGAUGGGCAGAUCAGCCUUAGCGAGCUGAGGGAGGCCAUGAAGAAACUCUUGGGCGAGCAGCUGACCCCGCGAGACAUCGAUGCGAUCAUCCGGGACGGGGACCUCAAUGGAGACGGCCAAGUGGACUUUGAAGAGUUUGUGAGGAUGAUGUCACGCUGACGGUUCAUCACAGAGGAUCUACCAUAAAUAAUCUGUUAUUAGAUUAUAGAGCUGGGAUAACAUAGCUACGACUGUUUUUUUUCUUUCUUUUUUUUUUUAAUGUAAUUAAAUAAUAAUCAGAUUUAUUUUUUCAGUUGCUCUGUAUGUUGAAGGAAAUAUUUAAUAAAGUAAUUUACUGUGAUUUACUAAUUAAUGUAGUUAUUUGGAUGGUUUCAAUUCAGAUGAUGAAAAAAAAAAAGAUCACAUUGAAGACAGUUAUAAAAGUUCUGACCCCCUACUCACGCUCUCAGGUUAAAAACACUGUUCACUUUCAGGUUUAUAAAUAUUUAUUUAAGAAUAAUAGAAAUCUGGCAAGUGCUAUAAAUUUGCAAUGUGUAGAGCAGGAGUGUCAAAAAGUUCUGAUCGGGCACACCAAAUGAAUUUAGAAUCUAAUUUCUACAUUUAGAUUUUAAUUAAUAUUUGAAUAAUUAUUAAUAUAUAUAAGAGCUCAUUUCUGUUAGCACAAGAAAUGCAUAUGCAUAAAAUUCCCCCAUUGGCCCUUCUCUAUCACGGCCCCCUAAUAAUCCCCAUCUCUGAAUUGGCUACAUCACUCUCUCCUCUCCACUAAUAGCUGGUGUGUGAUGGGCGUUCUGGCGCACUAUGGCUGCCGUCACAUCAUCCAGGUGGAUGCUACACACUAGUGGUGGUUGAGGAGAUUUCCCCCCAUACGAUGUAAAGCGCUUUGAGUGUCUAGAAAAGCGCUAUAUAAAUGUAACUGGAACUGUAGAAUGGAUGAAUGGGAGAAAAUUCUGCUUGCUAAACCUAACCAACUCGUGUCUUCACUCAGCGCUCAAACGCUUAAUAAGUGUUAUUAAAAGAAAAGCUGAUGUUACACAGCGGUAACAGUCGACUGUCCCAACUUUUAUUGGAGUGUGUUGCAGUCAUCAGACUUGA